AUUUUUAGAUGAAAAAAUAAGUAAUAAAUACACGUUAAGUAAUACAUAACUUUAGAUCAUAUCAUAAAACAGAAAACAGUAAGAACUCAAGCCACUUGCCUUGUUAAAUUUCGUUUGGAAGCUUGAAGACUGAUUUUUGCUUGAGUAUAGAUACAGAAAUUGUUUCAUCUUGAGUACUUCUGAAAAAUGGCGCGUAAAAACAAAUCAACGAGAAAUGCUAAACCCAAGGCAACUCAUAAAUCUCCAGAAAAACCAGUAUCUGAGAAUUUACAAGACAAACAAAGAGGAAAUAUGCCACGGAGGAGAGCAACAAACUCAUUGUCCCGCGACAUUGAGAAAAAGAAAGAUACAAAUGAAAACGACGCUGCUCACGUCGUUGGUACCGUUGUUGGUAUCAUUGGUGGUACAUUUGCAGGGAUACUUGUCAUGCAAGCAAUGAUGUUUAUUUAUGGACCAAUAUUCGGCAGUUUUGCAGGAGCAGGUACUGCCGGUUUGUUUGGUGUGGCCAUUCAAAGUGUUCUGUCGAAGCAUGUUCAGCUUUUGAACGUUAUUCUUCUCGUAUUAGGCUUGUUACUUCUGCCUUUGCUUAUCUACCUUGUGUUCGGAGCAGCUACAGGAGCAUCUACGUUUGAUUAUGUCCGGGAAAAUAAUGAACCAAGAAGCAUAGUUAACUUGGAAUAAAAGUUACAGAUUACAGAAUUAUAAUGAUAGUCAUCACCUCUAUUAUUCUACAUUCAACGAGAAAUGUUGUUUAUCGAGAAUGUAACGUGUUUUAAUUGUAUUGGACUGUUAAUAGUCCAGUUCAUAAAAGAAUUAUCAGUUUACCUAGAUUACAACUUCUUAUGAGGAGCUUAAAGCAGCGUGCUUCCAGAUUCAUGCUUAUUUUCAUGAAAACAUAGAAAAUGAAUUUUAAAGUACAAUCUUGAAUCUUGAAUCUUUCUCACUUUUUUAAAGUCUUAGUACAAUUUUCUCAAGUUUGAUUUUCUUGAAAUGCUGUGGCUUAACUUGAGGCGUGCAGCCUUAAAGUUCCUUUUUGCAUCUUUGAUUUUGGUUUUCAUUUCAGUAAAACACAUCGAUUUUCUAAGUUACUAGUAU